CCUACUUUCAUUUCAACUCUUUAUACAUACACGUAUUAUUUUUUCCGUCAAAGUCGCAAGAGGUUCAAGAACAAUAAGGUUCACUUCAAUGGCAUCAUUACUUGACAAUACGCGUGAGUUGAAAACAUUUGUGGUGGAUGAAGGGCAUGGUGUUAAGGGAUUAUCAGAACUCAAGAUCAAAUCUUUACCUGAAUUAUUCAUUCAACCUAUUGAAAAACGUCUCGAUAUGAGCAAAGUUGUUCCAUAUGAGUCUAUACCAGUCAUCGAUAUGUCGAAUUCUGAUGAUCCAAAGGUGGGGGAAGCAAUAUGUGAUGCAGCUGAAAAGUGGGGAUUCUUCCAAAUUAUUAACCAUGGAGUGCCUCUAAGCAUAAUCGAUGACGUGAAAGAUGCAACAUAUAAAUUUUUCAUGUUGCCACCUGAAGAGAAAAAGAAGUAUUUGUUCAAGAAUAGUCCUACAAAAAACGUUAGACUUGUUACAAGUUUCAUUCCUGAAGUGGACACAGUUUUGGAGUGGAAAGAUUACCUAAGUUGUUUCUACGUUUCCGAUGAUGAGGUCAAUUCAUUUUGGCCUUCGGUUUGCAGGGAUCAAGUUCUAGAAUACUUGAAAAACUCUGAAUCGCUUAUUAAGAGGCUAUUAGAAGCGUUGAUAAAGAGACUAGACAUACCAAAACUGGACGAUAAAAACAAAGCAAUUCUUAUGGGAUCAAUGCGAAUAAACCUAAACUACUACCCUGUGUGUCCGAAUCCCGAGCUUACAGUUGGCGUUGGAGGCCAUUCAGAUGUUUCAACGCUAACUGUGCUUCUUCAAGAUGAAACUGGAGGACUUUAUGUUCGUAAACUUGAUAGCGAAAAUUGGGUCCAUGUUCCUCCUAUUAAGGGAUCUUUGACAAUCAAUAUAGGCGAUGCUCUUCAAAUCAUGAGCAAUGGUCUAUACAAGAGCAUAGAGCAUCAUGUGGUUGCUAAUGGGAACAAAAAUCGUAUUUCAGUGCCGAUUUUUGUGAACCCGAGGCCAAGUGAUGUCAUUGGCCCAUUGGCACAAGUGAUCAAUAGAGGGGAGAAGGCUUUAUAUAAGCAAGUUCUUUAUUCGGAUUAUGUGAAGCAUUUUUACAGGAAAUCACAUAAUGGGAAGGAUACUAUUGAUUUUGCUAAGGUUUGAUUGAGUUUUUUUUCUAAAAACAAAGAUAUGUGAAUUUUGAUCUAUGAUAUGUAUGUCAUAUAUACUAGAUUGGUAGUCGAAUAAUGUACGCCUAGUGAAAGUUAAGUGGAGCUAUCACAAGGGUGUUUUCACCUUUAGAUGAAUGUAUUUCAAAUAUGGUGAAUUCUUGUAAAAAGAAAAAAUUGUAACUUUUAGUUUUUGUAUUAUAAUAUUCACUAUAA